UCAUAGACAGCUGAUGGCUUAAUUCAAAACGUUGAACCAGUGUUGUGAUAAGGCAAGUGAAAAUCACGUAUUCGUUUGAAAACAUAAAAUACUUGGCAUUAGCAUUUGAGUUUGAAUGCGAUAAAAUGAACAUAGUAGGAGGAAUCGUUCGUACCUCGUUUUAUUCGCUGUUAGCCUCGAAUUGUCGAAGUGCACCGAUAACGGCAAAUAAGAAUCGUGUUCUUUGUGUUUUUAAGUCAACCAAACCCAUAACUGGAGCUGUCGGAAACGAUGAAACAAUUAAAAAGACAAAAACGACACCGAAAAUUACACUCGUUGGACCAGAUCAAAGUGUUUCCAUUGUGAAUCUAGACGAGGCUCAGAAAAUUUCUAAACGACGUGAUUUAAAGUUGGUCAAGAUUAUCGAUGUGGACUUAAAGACGCUGAGACCUGUUUACAAGCUCAUGACUAGUGCGGAAUAUCUGGAAGAAGAUUUGAAGCGUCGUGAAGAAAAAAAGCGCAGCAAGCAAGAAGCUGUGAUCAAAGGCGACAAGCUGUUGAGCAUAAGCGCGCGAAUCACGGAACAUGAUUUGCUAUCAAAGAUUCAUAAUGUCCAAAAAUGGCUUAAUAAACAAUACGAAGUGCGAGUAGUUGUAGCUGGAGAUGGAGAUAAAUCCAAACAGGAAGCAAUCGCUGAUACAUUCGAGAAGCAUACAAAGGACGGGGGCAGGAUUGUUCAGAAGCGAUUCAAAGACAGUACUUUGCGUUUCCAAAUUCUUCCCAUCAACAUUCAUACGAACCAAGCAGCUCCAACCCCAGUUCAAAGUGCUGCAACUGUCCCGGCUAAUCCUUCCAAGAAUGCCGCUCAGGGUGAGAAGUAUCCAAACCCUGGGAAACACCAAUCUGUAAGGGCAUUCCAUUCGGGAACUUUUAUGUUGAUAGCGUGACAAUCAAAGCCCAAGCAAGAGAACAUGCAAGCAAAUAAUUCCAAAGGAGAUCAACGGUUUCAUGGGACAUUGCAACAGCUUGUGAAACCGAUCGGAUUUGUUGGUCUGUUCCUGGUGGCAAAAUACGCGUUCUGGUCCUACGUUUGGCAUCGCAGCGACACGUCGAAAAAGAGAUGAGCUAAUGGAGAGAUUUAUUAGUAAGUUUAAUUAUAUUUUGGAAAAUAGCAUUGAAUAAGUUAUUUCCAUGUUUCAAAUCAAUGUUUAUGUAGUUUAUGAGUUUUGGUAAACAAUAUUUUUAUAAUUAUAAAUGACUCAACAAAGC